CGUUGUUUCGCGUCGGACGGCCGCGGCAACUUUGGACGACUUGUCGACUUGUCGUCUACCGUGUUUACUUUUCCUGCUAAUAUGUGCUGUCUUUAUCUAUGUGAUCACUUAUUUUAGACGUAGUACGCAUCCUUUAGGAGUGAUGUGGUAGUGUCAUGCCUUUUGUUUCAUCAACUAGUUCGACUGGCACAGGUAUAGGUGCAUCUUUACAUGUCGUCUGACACAACGCGCGUGCGAGCUCUUCUAGCGGGAAUGAGCAUCAGGCGGUUUGAUUUCACGAAGGAAUUCUAGGAUAUUGGUCAACGUUUGUGAUCAAAUAGGAUAUGACAAAUUAGCAAUUGUUGUGAAUGUAGACACACUCAUCCGCAGAUAUGAGCCACGGUGAAGUUCGAAACCAACCACGGUUCUACAUGUACGACGACGAUGACGACCACCAGUCUCUGUUCGAGGCGUUUGUAUCGCACACAGCUAAAGAUUUGGGCCCGAUAGAUGAGGACUGGUUUUCCAACGAGAGAGCUUCGCAAAUCUCGGAGUGCAGUGAGUUUAGGAGCAGCGGCAGUGUAUUGUCGAAUCCUUGCACUCCGGUCGCAUCUCCGUGCUUGUCCCGCGACAAAGCUGAGACGCCAGGUUCUCCCGCAAAUACUCCCGCGUCAGCGUCCAGCUGCCGACGUAAUGCCAGCUUCCUCGAGUGGACUCCCCUCUCGCCUUCGCCAGUUAUGUCAAAUGUGUUCAAAACCCCAAAAGUGCCAAAGUCAUUUCCACAAAGCCUUGCGGUAAACAAAACCACACCCAGUCCCCUUUGGUCACCAUCUUUGGAGACGCCACCCCAUGGAACUGCUCGGAGCAAACAGGACAUGAAAGCAUUUGCUCCAAGGAACUUGUUUCAUCUGUCAACAAAAGGCCAGCUAAGUCUGUCAUCUGAAAGUGAAGAUGAUUUCAAAGAUGUUCCAUCUGACAAAGAAGAGAACUUUGACUCUGUGCCUGGUAACCUCAAAAAAGAGGUGCCCGUCCACAAGUCAGAGGCACAUAAUGGGAGCCAUUUUAGUUCUGAGGGCAUGCACCAAAAGCAUGUUGAAGGUUCUUGUGAUGUCUUACUGUCAGGCUCACAAAACCACUCAACAUGUACGGACCACGACUUCGUGAAAGUGGCUCCCAAAAGGUACCCCUCUCGAAGGGCAUCAUGCUCAAUAUAUGUUGAUGCCGAAAUAGGAGAAAAUGGAGACUGUGUCAUUCCAAAUGUUGAUAUUGCUUGCCAGGCACAUCAUUUGACAGCAACUGGGACUUGUCAUAGUCAUGUAUCUGACGUGACUGUCAUCACACCCCCAGUUCCUUUGCCUUGUCAGCCAAAGGAGUGCUUAAGGCUCUUAAAGCAAGAGAAUGUCCUAACUGCUCCAUUGAUAUCUUUGCCAUCUGCUGCAAUAAGUUAUAACGCUGCAGCUGGGACUGACGCCAGCUCACAUAGCGAGUUUUCCAGUAGCACUUCAAAGGAAUUCUCAUUUUCUGAAGACAAGAGUGAUGGUGUCUUUGGACGAACUGACCUUUCACUUACCCAGAUGUUUGAAGUGGCUGAAAGCACAAUUGCUUGUAUAGAGGCAGCUGAUAUUGGCUUCACUCAGUGUACUACUUCAGGUAGUGAAGCUCUGUCGGACAGUGGCCCUGGCAGCACUACAAAUGAAGUCAAAUCAAAGAGGCAUAAAGGUGAAGAGAAGAAAACACCAGGCACGCAGCUACUACCGUUGCAUUCUAGGAUCACUCAUGGCAGCAGACCACCAUUAUCCAGAAAAAAAACUGAAGCUUUCAACCAUCUUGACGUAUAUGGCAAGCCACUUGCCACUGCUGGAGGCAGCACCAUAUCAACUGGCUUCAAGACUGGGUCAGGGAAAACAGUUGUUGUACUAGAAUCCUCACUCAAUGCUGCAAAAGGUAUGCUUGCAGUGACUGAUGAAACAAUCAAUGAUGACAAAAAUGUGGAACAACUGAAGGUUGGCCUUGCAGGAAGCAUGGAAGAACACUACAGCAGAGGGAGCCUGCAAGCAGCAGCAGAUUUGGGCCGAAUGACAGCCAGAACAGCUCAGCUUCAUUCUGAAGCUAAAUCCAAAGCAUCAAGCACAGAAUCACCGGAAAACACUGUGUCAACACUGCUCGCCAGUGGUCACGGAAAGGCAGUGAAGGACUUGGAUGUUUCAUCAGCAAAGCCAAAAGCUCAGCCUGGCACGGUCACAUCAGGCUUUGUGACUGCCGGAGGGAAGCCUGUGUACGUGCAGGAGGAAGCACUUGGCCAUGCUCAUCAGUUUCUCUCAGAUGUUCCUACUACAUUGGUCCAAACAGUGAUGCAAAAUAACAAUACGCCAAUGACCUUCACAACUGGCACUGGCAGGGCAGUAACUGUCACUGUUGACAAGCUGACAAAUUCAAAAGAACAGAACAGCAUGUUAAAGUCAGGUUUUACAACAGCAGGAGGCAAGGCUGUCUACGUGCAAGAAGAAGGCAUCAACCGUGCUCGCCAACUUCUUUCUGAAUCUAGUUGUAACGUACCUAGUGAAGAAUUAGUGAGGAAUUCCGUGUCUACAUUGCCAGCUGGUGGUGACAAAAAGGCUGUGAAGGACUUGGGUGACUUUUUAAGGAACCCGAAAGUACAGCCUGGUACAGUCACAUCAGGAUUUGUGACUGCCGGAGGCAAACCUGUGUAUGUGCAGGAGGAAGCACUCAGCCAUGCUCAUCAGCUUCUCUCUGAAGGUCCUGCAGAUUCAUCCAAAAAGAACUUCAAAAUGACACUGUGCCUACACUCUUCACAAGUGGUAUGGGGAAAGCAGUGUGUAUCAGUCAACUCACUGACGAAGUCAAAAGGACAGCAUGGCACAUUUAAAUCAGGUUUUACAACAGCAGGAGGCAAGGCUGUCUACCUACAAGAAGAAGGCCUGAGUCGUGCUCGCCAACUUCUCUCUGAAGACAGUUGCAAGGCACCUGGUGAAGAAUCACGAGAAAGUUCUGUGUCCACACUGCUACCCAGUGGUGAUGGAAAAGUGGUGAAGGACUGGCCUAAUUCGACAACAAAGCAAGAAGCUCAGCCUGGCAAGCUCACAUCAGGCUUUGUAACUGCUGGAGGGAAACCCGUAUAUGUGCAGGAAGAAGCACUCAGCCACGCUCAUCAGGUUCUUUCUGAAGGUUCCACUGUGUCAUCUCGAGCUGUCCUGCAAGAUAGCACUGUGCCAACGUUUUUCACAACUUGCACAGGAAAGGCAUUGACUGUCUCGGCCAACUCACUGGCAAAGUCAAAAGAACAGCACAGCUCGCUGACAUCAGGUUUCACAACAGCAGGAGGUCAGCCUGUACUUGUUAAAGAAGCAGCCCUUAAUCAUGCCCAUCAACUUCUCUCUGAAGUUUCCACCAACGUGCUCAAGGAAAGUUUCCAGCAGAACACUGUCCCCACAUUUUUCACUACCAGUUCUGGAAAGAAAGUGCAGGUUCCGGCAGAUUCUCCGAAAACAGCAGAAUUGCUUCUUGAUGAAAAGAGAGACCUUCUGCCAACUGUUCCUGCAGAGAACUGUAAAGAAGGCAACUUUCUCACAAGACCUGCCAACAUGGAAAAUUCCAGUCAUGUGCUCACCGGCUUCAAGACUGGAUCAGCAAAGGUGGUUUCAGUCUCAAAAAAGUCAUUGUUGAGCGCUCGGAGCAUUCUCAGCAUUGAUGGCGCUGACACAUCCUCUGCGGACCCUUGUGGAUCUGAUAGAAGUGCUGAUCAAGAUGUAUCAAAUGAAGGUGAAAGCAUCCAAAGGCCACCUCUUCAUAACAACAUAGUGUCAGAUUACACCAAGAUAGGGCAGAGGGCACCUGAGUCAAAGCAAGAAGUUUUGAAUCAGGAGGCAAAAAAUUCUACUCCUUCUACUGAUAAAGGUCCCUCGUCUGCAAAUGUCAAGGCGUGUCGGACGUUGUCGGAAAAAAGGACUCCAGCAUCUGGUCUAAACAGAUUCGGGCAUGUCGGAACUCCCAUGUUUUCUUCAAAGAUGAAAUCUGCAUCUAAGACGAGCUUCGUUACGCCAUUCAAAGCAGUUGUUUUGGGCAAGGCACAGACCCCCGUGGCAGCGACAAGGGCUGCGUCAGGUCCACGAAUUUUGUUCCAGGACAAGUCAAUUCGGCCCGGAAGACUUUGGAUCCUGCGGAGGGUUGUGAAGGCUGCUCGGCUCUCUCUCAGAGACGCACUGCAGGGCCAGCACCCAAAGCUUUACUCAUUAAAUCAGUUGAAAAGCUACGGCGUGCUGGAGUCAACUACUGCUAUCAAUUCCCAGAAUGCAGCUGACUUCGUUUUCUACAUCUCUUCCUCGAAUAGUCUUCUGAUAUUGGGAGAUGGUGCCACAUUGCAGCUAGAAUCCACAGACAUGCACUUAGGAAAGGAUGAAUUCUGCAGUGCCUUCUUCAGCAUGCCUGGUGUGGACAGGGACCUGGUUGCUCCAGGAUGGCUGGAAAACCAUUACCGUUGGAUUGUAUGGAAGCUGGCAUCAAUGGAACUGCACUGCCCUCAGGUCUUUGGAGCAAGGUCACUGACACCUGACCAAGUCAUGCUUCAAUUGAAAUACAGAUAUGACAUUGAAAUUGACAACAGCUUCCGGUCUGCACUUCGAAAAAUAUAUGAGAGAGAUGAUGUCCCAAGCAAGGCAUUGGUGCUCUGUGUGUCAGCUUUAGAGUGCAAGGAAGAUGGUGCUGUGCAGUUGGAACUCACUGAUGGCUGGUACAGCAUUCGUGCUGAGUUGGAUGAGCCUCUGUUGAGACUAGCUUCUACAGGACGCCUCUUCGUUGGCCUCAAGCUUAUAACAUCAGGGGCUGAACUUGUGGGCUCUGCUGAGGCUUGCGCCCCACUAGAGGCACCAAAAGAUGCUGCACUGAAGAUAAGCUACAAUUCAACAAGACGCGCACGCUGGGAUGUUCGGCUGGGUUACUUUGCGACACCAAGGCCAUUUCGUGUCUCCCUCGCCUCUCUGCACCCAAAAGGUGGCCUCGUUGGAAGAGUAGACUGCUUGGUCAUCCGGGCCUAUCCUGUCAUGUACCUGGAAAUGCUGCCGAAUGGAAUGGGCGUGAUGAGACAUGAAAAGGAAGAGCGGACAGUUGCAGCCAAGCAUGAGAAAGUACGAGCUGCUUUCAUUGAAAAAUUGACUGCUGAAGUUCUGUCUCAGGUGGAGAAAUCUGACACGGAGGAACUACAGCUGUCUGGCAUCCGGAUGUCGUACUCAGUAAAACAAAUUCAAGGACUGAACUCGGGAAGAGACAUAUGGAAAGCCAUAAAAAAUUCUUCAGACCCUUCAGAAAUUGAGCGAAUCCUAAACGAAGAGCAACUUCGUUUGCUGAGAAGCUUCCAAGAAGAACAAAUGUGCCAUCGGCAGGCAACUAUUCAGCAAAAGCUUGAAAGCGCCUUACAGACAGCCACUGAUGAAAACAAGUGCCCCAAAGAGAGAGUCGUGAUACCUGUUCUGAAAGUGCUUCUUGGUGGCAUUCACGAAGCAGACUUGCGGAAGAACAUCUGCUGCCUGAUGUCUGUGUGGAGGCCAACAGACGACACACAAGCACUGCUGAAGCAAGGCAAAGCUCUUUCAAUCUACAAUGUUAAUGUGACGUGUCCAAGGAACGUACUGCCCGACAUCCAGAACAGUGCUGUGGAGUUGACAACAACAAAAAUGACACAGUUCGAUCCGGCGGAAUGCCCUGAUCACGUUCGCAUUUAUUACAUGCGACAGGUGACCAGUUUCCCUGUGCUGCUCACGGAGAGUGGCUCACAAGGCCGAGCUGUAGACAUUGUUGGUUUUGUGGUUCGUGUCAGCCACCAGAAAGAAGGCACUGUGUUGACACUCACAGACGCCAGGUUCAACUUCGUGCAGCUGGUUGUGGGGAGGAAAGCGUGGGCUGCGGAAGAGAGCAUUGAGAAGGGCAAGUUUCUCUCUGCAACGGACGUCACACUCAGGAUGGCUAAUGCAGACAGAAUCGCCACUGUAGAGACGACGGAGUUCUCUGUGCUGACAAGUUCACCUGCAAACAACAGCCUCCAGCGUGCCCUUUCAGCUCUCAAAACCUCUAUACAGGAUCCAUCAGACUUUGCCGCCACCGCUUUGGCCCGGCUGCAGGCUCCAUUGCGCAUCAGCAGUCCGAGCGUCGCACAGAGACCACAGUAUGCUCCUCAGCCAACUACAAAGCUAGCAUCUCCUGCAACACCUAACAACACUGCACCUGUUAGGUUGCCUGGUGCUAUUUCGAGAACUCCUACUGAGCCAAGGCCAUCAGAUGGCACUAGCGCUGAUGGGCUUAUACUGCCAAAGAGGAAAAUUGAAGUGGAGCCAGGUUCACCUGCCGAGGCACUAUCGAAGCAUGUUCGUUCGAAAAUAGCACUCCUGCAGUGUUACACAGCAUUGGCACCAAUAUCGCUCUUGGAAACUCCACCAUCUGCCAAGGCAAAUGUGCAUUUUCGCAGUGUCAAAGUCAGCCCCAAGAAUGAUCUGCCACAAGAGAGCCCCCCAAUGGACCUUGACUAGAAGCGAGCCUCGUUAAAGUGCAUUUGUGAUGUUCCUUGUGGUUCACACACCAUGGUAACACUUGUAUACUUGCAUUUGCUUGCGGAACAUCUCCAAAAUAGUUAACUUAUUAGUGUUGCCAUCGCUGUGGUUAUCUUAUGUUAUUGUCUAAGUCAAGAAUAGUUUAUAAUCUGUCACAGUGCUUGGUGCACGUGCUACAGUAGUGACAGCCAAGCUUGAGCGACACUUCCAAGAUUUAAUAGUGUUGUGUGCAAGUUAAUGUUGACCAUGUACAGAUUGUUGCUGUUUUAGGCUAGAACAUGCUUUUGGACUUGGAGCUAUGAAUAUGAUUCUUGUUGCAGCAGUAGAAUAUUUGUUUCUAUCAAACCAGCAACAUCUCGAUUGCUUGCAUAUAGCACACAUUCCAGCUAGUUGUAAUGACUGUGGUGUCCCUUGACAAAGUUAAUGCACCCAGAACUCUGUAGAUCAGUUUUUUUUUUUUUUUUUUUUAUGUUAUAGCAGCUUGCCUAUCAGGCUGCCCAACUAGUUGUUUUUCUUAAAAAGAAAGAUUUCUUAUGUCGCCGAUUUUGUUUGAUAUUUAUAACUUCAAUAUUAUGAGCAAAAAUAUCUUCCCAACGGGGGCCGUCCUCACAAGCUCGCUGCACAGUGCAAAAGUGAAAAGUACAUGUACACUAUUGUACGUAGCUGCACACCUAGUGCAGAAUUUCUUAUUGUUUAGCAACAUUUGAGUCCACAGGUAAAACGUGCCGCACGUUCAUUUGACCGACUAAAUAACAGACCUGAUAUUUCAUUCGUUUACUAAAAUUGCAGCUUCCCUAAUAUAACAAAUCGUGCAAUGUUGCCCUGGAUGAAACUAUGCAAACGUAUUCUCAGCUGUAGAGCAGAAAAAAGAAAAAGGUUCCAAAUCGCCCAUAUCAACCUUCAACCACUUCAGCAGCUAGUGGGUUCAGCAUUUUUGCCACUUCACGGACCCACGAGUUCAUGAAACCAUGAUGGCAAGUCCGAAAGUGAGUGCAGCAAGAACGCCACGUGCCGCAUUUGAGAACGCUUUACUGCAGUUGCACGUCUAGCGCACACAUCUGCGUCCACGUGACUACUUGAACUGUUCUGCUGACAUUGAAGGACUUCAUUUCCUCCCAAAGGGGUCCGACCAAACUUUCAUACCUGCGAAAGAACGCACCGGUGCAGAGCGAUUGUUGGUAAACAAUGUGCCAAAGACCGGCUCUAUUUUUUUACCUCCAGGUUGUAUAGACUCCUGAUCAAUGUCCUUCCUCGUUUGCUUCUGGAUUUGUUCUGAAAAAUAAAGUGCAAUAAUACCGAACCAUUCGGCAACAGU